AUGGAGGAGAGGCCUCACACCAGGUGAUUACCAUGACAAUCACAAGUCAUACCCACUGAAAUGAUGAUAGAGAAGACAAGAAUAUACAGUGACCUCUCUGUCUUAAAGGGAAUGGUUUCAGAUAGUUGUAUUCGAGCUAUGGAUUCUCUCACCUUUUAGUGACCAUCCCUUUUAUUAUUCCAAUUGGUUGAUUGGUAUAGGUUGGGGUAGGCAGCUCACUCCAGAUGAUUAUCAUGACAGUCAAACCUCAUACAUUUACAUUUACAUUUUAGUCAUUUAGCAGACCCACUGACAUUAUGAUGGAAAAUAAUAUACUGUGACCUCUCUGCCUUAAAGGGAAGGGUCCAGUGCUGUAUCUGAGCUAUGACUUUCUCUCACCUUUCAGUGACCAGCCCUUUAUGGUUUUCAAAGCUACAGUCUGGUAUCUUGGAAACAGUUCAAUGGUCAUUUUAGUUUAUUUAUAUAUACAUAUAUAUACAGUAUAUAUAUAUAUAUAUAUAUACAGGUAAAAGUCAGUAAAUUAGAAUAUUUUGAAAAACUUGAUUUAUUUCAGUAAUUGCAUUCAAAAGGUGUAACUUGUACAUUAUAUUUAUUCAUUGCACACAGACUGAUGCAUUCAAAUGUUUAUUUCAUUUAAUUUUGAUGAUUUGAAGUGGCAACAAAUGAAAAUCCAAAAUUCCGUGUGUCACAAAAUUAGAAUAUUGUGUAAGGGUUACAUUUUGAAGACACCUGGUGCCACAAAAUAAUCAGCUGAUUAACUCAAAACACCUGCAAAGGGCUUUAAAUGGUCUCUCAGUCCAGUUCUGAAGCCUACACAAACAUGGGGAAGACUUCAGAUUUGACAGCUGUCCAAAAGGCGACCAUCGACACAUUGCACAAGGAGGGAAAGACACAAAAGGUUAUUGCAGAAGAGGCUGGCUGUUCUCAGAGCUCUGUGUCCAAACACAUUAAUAGAGAGGCAAAGGGAAGGAAAAACUGUGGUCAGAAAAAGUGUACAAGCGAUAGGGAUCACCGCGCCCUAGUCAAGAUUGUGAAAAAAAACCCAUUCAAAAAUGUGGGGGAGAUUCACAAGGAGUGGACAGCUGCUGGAGUCAGGGCUUCAAGAUCCACCACCAAGAGACGCUUGAAAGACAUGGGUUUCAACUGCCGCAUACCUCGUGUCAAGCCACUGUUGACCAAGAAACAGCGCGAAAAGCGUCUCACCUGGGCUAAGGAAAAAAAGAGCUGGACUGCUGCUGAGUGGUCUAAAGUCAUGUUUUCUGACGAAAGCAAAUUUUGCAUUUCCUUUGGAAAUCGAGGUCCCAGAGUCUGGAGGAAGACAGGAGAGGCACAGGAUCCACGUUGCCUGAAGUCUAGUGUAAAGUUUCCACCAUCAGUGAUGGUUUGGGGUGCCAUGUCAUCUGCUGGUGUCGGUCCACUCUGUUUCCUGAGAUCAAGGGUCAACGCAGCCGUCUACCAGCAAGUUUUAGAGCACUUCAUGCUUCCUGCUGCUGACCUGCUCUAUGGAGAUGGAGAUUUCAGGUUCCAACAGGACUUGGCGCCUGCACACAGCGCAAAAUCUACCCGUGCCUGGUUUACGGACCAUGGUAUUUCUGUUCUAAAUUGGCCAGCCAACUCCCCUGACCUUAGCCCCAUAUAAAAUCUGUGGGGUAUUGUGAAAAGGAAGAUGCAGAAUGCCAGACCCAACAACGCAGAAGAGUUGAAGGCCACUAUCAGAGCAACCUGGGCUCUCAUAACACCUGAGCAGUGCCAGAAACUCAUCGACUCCAUGCCACGCCGCAUUAAUGCAGUAAUUGAGGCAAAAGGAGCUCCAACCAAGUAUUGAGUAUUGUACAUGCUCAUAUUUUUCAUUUUCAUACUUUUCAGUUGGCCAACAUUUCUAAAAAAUCCCUUUUUUGUAUUAGCCUUAAGUAAUAUUCUAAUUUUGUGACACACGGAAUUUUGGAUUUUCAUUUGUUGCCACUUCAAAUCAUCAAAAUUAAAUGAAAUAAACAUUUGAAUGCAUCAGUCUGUGUGCAAUGAAUAAAUAUAAUGUACAAGUUACACCUUUUGAAUGCAAUUACUGAAAUAAAUCAAGUUUUUCAAAAUAUUCUAAUUUACUGACUUUUACCUGUAUAUAUAUAUAAAACUUUAGGAACACCUGCUCUUUCCAUGACAAAAACUGACCAUGUGACUCCAGAUGAAAGCUAUGAUCCCUUCUUGAUGUCACUUGUUAAAUCCACUUCAAUCAGUGUAGAUGAAGGGAAGGAGACAGGUUAAAGAAGGAUUUUUAAGCCUUGAGACAACUGAGACAUGGAUUGUGUACGUGUGGGGUAUGGUUGUAGAUGCCAGGCGCACCGGUUUGAGUGUAACUGCAACACUGCUGGGUUUUUCACGCUUAACAGUUUCCCUUGUAUAUCAAGAAUUGUCCAUCACCCAAAGGACAUCCAGCCAACUUGACACUGUGGGAAGCAUUGGAGUCAACAUGGGCCAGCAUCCCUGUGUAAUGUUUUUGACACCUUGUAGAGUCCAUUCCCCGACAAAUUGAGGCUGUUCUGAUGGCAAAAGGAGGUGCAACUAAAUAUUAGGAAAGUCUUCCUAAUGUUUUGUACACUCAGUAUAUAUAUAUUGAACAAAAAUAUAAAUGCAACAAUGAGCAAUUUCAUAGAUUUUACUGAGUUAUAGUUCAUAUAAGCAAAUCAGUCAAUUCAAAUAAAUAAAUUAGGCCUAAUCUAUGGAUUUCAUAUGACUGGGCAGGGGUGCAGCCAUGGGUGGGCCUUGGAGGGCAUAGGCCCACCCACUGGGGAGCCAGGCCCAGCCAAUCAGAAUAAGUUCUUCCCCACAAAGGGGCUUUAUUACAGACAGAAAUACUCCUCAGCAACGCCCCCGCUGAAACGAUCCCGCAGGUGAAGAAGCCGGAUGUGGAGGUCCUGGGAUGGCGUGGUUACACGUGGUCUGCGGUUGUGAGGCCGGUUGGACGUACUGCCAAAUUCUCUAAAACAACGUUGGAGGCAGCUUAUGGUAGAAAAAUGAACAUUCAAUUCUCUGGCAACGGCUCUGGUGGACAUUCCUGCAGUCAGCAUGCCAAUUGCACGCUCCCUCAAAACUUGAGACAUCUGUGGCAUUGUGUUUUAAAGUGGCCUUUUAUUGGCCCCAGCACAAGGUGCACCUGUGUAAUGAUCAUGCUGUUUAAUCAGCUUCUUGAUAUGCCACACCUGUUAGGUGGAUGGAUUAUCACUAACAGGGAUGUAAACAAAUCUGUACACCAAAUUUGCGAGAAAUAAGCUUUUUGUGUGUAUGAAACAUGGGACCAACACUUUACAUGUUGCAUUUAUAUUUUUGUUCAGUGUAUAUAGUUCCAAUGGUCCAGUUAGAUAGAGCAUGGUGGAUGUGUAACACAUGGGGAUGUGUGAAACUUACUCCUCAACCUGAAUUUCCCCACUUGCGCCAGCGAAUAGCUAACUUUUCACGUGGCGCCGACUAGUAAGACAAGGCGGUCACGUGUGCUAGCAAGGCAGAGGUCCUCUGUGUGAGCUGAAUCAGGAGGUGGUACUCGCUAAGCAAGCAGCGUGAUGUCCUUUACACUUGCAACACCAGGGUUGUGGGUUUGAGUCCCUGCAAGGACCACAUACUGUGAAAAUCAAUGAUAUAUUUUCCGUAUUUCACUUUGGAUAAACCCACCUGCUAAAUCAUUAUUAUUAUACAUUUCCCAUUUCUAUAGCCUUUUAAAUCCCUCAAGAUGUUUUAUUGCACAUUGUGUCAGUGAAGGUUUGCAGAGAAGGUAUCUUAUUCAUUUUCUGAAUAUAUUCAUUGCAUUGUAAUCCUGGAAAUGGUUUAUCAGUUAGUCUGGCCCAAUGUAUUGUCUGGCUGUGUUGUAUAUAGAGCUGUGGUCUAAGUAGAUUGAUUGUGUAGAUGACCUUGGGUUGUCUAGCCAGCAACCACCACAUAAUCCUAUAAAGAGAAGUGGAACAAUCAAAGCAUCAAGAGGAUAAAGAGCCUGACCUUACACACACACAGUGUCUGCACCCACGACCUCUCUGAUUCACUAGGGUGAAAUAAUUACAUCCGUGGUUACACAUAAUUACAUCCCCCGGAGUGCGGGGAAUGUCAUCACGAUUGGUUCCACUUCCUAGUUUCGUAGCUCAGGCCUUUGUGGCAGUGUGUACCAUAUUAUAUCAAAGGUUAAAAUUAUAGUCUAGACGGUAGGAAGUCUGGGAGUCUGAACAGCACAAAGGCAGUAUAUAUUUUGGGUCAGUGCUUGAAAAAGGACAUUAUUGAAUGUAUUAGCCUAAGCUAGGCAGGCAAAGUAUGCUGCCUCUGCUAGCACAGGAAGCUAUAGGGCAGAGAGAAGGAUGCUUCCUUCAUGAUGUGAAUGGAGACUGGGCUCAGCUAAAUAGUAAGCGUUCCUCGCUCUCUUGUUAUUGGGGCUUUUAUCGAUAGUGUACUACCCCAUCUCUUUUUCCCCUCACUCUAUCUCUCACUACCUUUUACUCCAGUCGCUCUCCCGUUAUUAUUACAUGCCACUACUGUAUUUUCUCUAAUCCUUAAUAUAUCUCUUCUCUCUCUCUCUCUCGCUCUCCUCUCUCUCUCUCUCUCUAUCUCUCUCCUCUCUCUCUCUCUCUCUCUCUCUCCUCUCUCUCUCUCUUCCUCUCCUCUCUCUCUCUCUCUCCCUCUCUCUCUCCUCUCCUCUCUCUCUCUCUCUCUUCCUCUCUCUCUCUCCCUCUCUGUAGAUAGUGGAGUGAUCUCUGGGUGCGUCAAUCUACAUCUGUGCUAGGGCGGAAGAGGAUGGACAUCCUCCUCCAAACUGGACAACAGCACCACCAGCGACACCCGCCGCCUGGAUGAACUCAGCUCGGCCAUCAACAGGUACGGUCUGGAUAGAGUGGUGGGCGUAGGACGGGCUCUUCUCGCAUGUACCUUCCUUGUCUACCCUUUUUCUCAUUCACUCUUUCCUCCUCUCUUCUUGCCCGUUCUCCUCUAUGCUCUUGCUUGUUUCCUCGUCCGUUUUUUCUCCUCUUCUUCCUCCUUUUAUUUUUUUAUGUUUCCUUCUCUCUUGUCACUCUCCUCAUAUCUCCUUCUCUCCUCUUUUGGCUGCCAGGUAGUCCUGUCUGCUCUCAGCAGCUUUACUAUUUGAUAGAGGAAACAGGGUUUUCUGACCUUGUCUCUACCAUCUUCCCAGCACAGAUCCUCUUUCAGUCCCUCUGUACCGCCAAUAUCCAAUUUGACUGUCUGUACUCUCUAUUCAAUCCCUUUUACGGCAUUUCACAUGGAACUUCUAAUGGUCAGGUUAAAAUCUGUGGAAGAUACAGAAAGAUACACAUACAAGAGAUACAUGCAAAGAAUCUAUCAUUCAUUUUCUUUUUUUAAAGGAGAUUUGAACAUCCUUUCAUACUUGUAUUGGUUUUUCGAUAGGACAGUGACAGGACAGACAAUGAAAGAGGAAUGACAGGUAGGAAGGCCAAGGGCACAUACAGUGGGUUGAACCAAAGCUCGAACCCUGUUGCCAUGGGUCAUGCAUGCAUGUGGUCCAGGAGCCGGGAGUGUUACCGCUCGAUCAGACUCCGGCACUAGAAUCCCUAAUUUCUAUAGCCACCAGAAUCAGGCCUCGUUAAAUAAUCCCAGACGAACGCUUCUGUUCAGCCCUGCAUGUGAAAAUGGGAGAGGAAGGUGUGAUUAAUAUUGUCUGGCGCAGGUGUUAACUUGAAUCAAUGUCUGGUAAUGUUCUUCUCUGGCGUAAAGACUGUGUCACUCUACCUACAGAUGUAGGAUUUACAUUUCAGCCAGAUUUCUACAACAGGAAAAUAUUCCUGCAGCAACAAGAAAUGUGAGUUAUUAUGUGGAUUAUAAUUAACCCCCUAGAGUCGAUUGACGCACCAUAAUCUAAAUUACAUAACAAAAAAAUCUAAGUCUGUCAGUUUGAGCUAAAGAUAUCUGGGGUUUUUUUUCAUUGGAUGUGUCUCAAUCCACCACAUCCGCCAGUGUCCCACUUCCGCAUCUGCGGUGAAAGGUGGCAGAGCUAGAGCGGUGUUUGUUAGACCAUGAGACAUCAAAUCUUCUCUCGUAAACGUCUGUAGUGUACAAUAAAAUAAAACAAUUGUUAAAUACACUGUACACUGUACCGUUCAAGAUAGGGAAUUAUGUAAAAUAAUUAGUAUUCAAUUUUCCAUUUAUAGUAUUUUAUAAAUAGAUAAGCCGGCAUUAGAAGAAAGGAUAACUAGCAAAAUAUAAUAUAUAAUAUUAAUAUAAAUAUAACUAAUUGGAACACAAAAGUAAUCAAUCAACAUAGUGGAGAUAAAAACAUAGCAAACAGAAGACAUAGAAGGCGCAGUAUGUGGGGAUAUGUGUGGAUGUAUUGUGAUGGAAGGUGUGGUGUGUGUUUUUGUGUUUGGAAAAGUGUGGCAUUAAGUGAGUGAGAAAGGAAAUGGUUGCAUAUCCCAGAACCAAUGUGUAUCUGUGAGCAGGGGUUGUGAGAGAGAGCUUUCAAUUUUGUGCAGAUGAGGGAUAUACAUAUAUAUAUAUAUAUAAAAAAAUGUUUUAUUGUCCUAUCAUGAUGGAACGGUCCCAAACCCUAUACCCUAGACACCCACCUGAGCGACCCAUACACCAAAGAGAAGUUCCUAUCUGUUUUAUGUUCCUGCUGUAAGUUGCCUAUAUGCAGCCAAAACAUAAAGAUAAAUGUGGUCAGAGACCUACUAGAGCAGCACCGCCCCCUCAAGAAUCUGAGCCUGCCCGGCAGGGUUGGUCCUACAAAGCCAGAGCCCCCUGAUGGGAGAGCAUAACAUACAAGGAAAUUGUCAAAGCUGCUGAUGAGAACCUUGACGACCUUGUACCUAGCCGGUGGGGAUUCUGGUGGGGUACCCCCAUCCAGGUAGUGGCAGUGCUGGCAACACUGGCUGUAGUAACCCAUGGGGAGGGGGUCACACUCUGACAAUCAGAGAGGGGCCAUAUUAUUGUGGCCCUGGUGGCACAAAAUAAUCAAAUGUCUGACUGUACAGAGAUGCUUAGAAAAAUGGUCACAACAAGGGACCAGCGUGUGUGUGUUUCAGGGGAAGGGGGUGGAUCUGAUCUCCAUCACCUAGGACUUGACAUUGGUUAAUCAAAUCUCAAAUUUGUGUCAAUUUUUGCUCAAUCUUGCAUUCUUUCUCAAACAACUGUAACUGUAUUUGCAUUCGUAAAUCAGGUCCUUUCUUGAGUUGGGCUCUGGGAUGUAACAACCGUUGAGCAUCUGAGCUUAUGGUUGAUUGUAGGGGAAAGGGGUUGAGUGUGUAAGAGUGUGUGUGUGUGUGUGUGUGUGUGUGUGUGUGUGUGUGUGUGUGUGUGUUUGUGUAUGUAUCCCACAUCUGUUGCAAGGGGGUAAGGAUGUUAGGGACGAUAUAGGAUGAAUCACAAUAAUUGUUUGCUAAAAUAAUAAUUGCUUGACAAAAAUGUAAUGUAAUGCAAUGACAAUCCUGGUUAUAGGUAACAAUCCUUCGCAUGAACUGCCAACAUUAUUACGCAUAUUCAUUGUUAAUGAUGGAAAUCAAGAUACGCAAGAUAUUUGAAUAGAUAUAUAUUUUUAAUAGCUAUAUAUAAAGCAAAUGGAGGUGAGAGCAUUGGAAAUACUUUUAGCGGUUGAUCUGCUUCUGUUCUGUGGGUGGCACUGUGUGCUGUUUCGAAGGAUGGGUCCUGGCCUCUCGGGGGGCCUAGGGAUCCGGCGAGACGGGUUGGUUUGCCGGUCACUGGGAUGACAACCCAACUUUAGCGGGUGGAAUAGUGGAGAACAACUGGAGGGUUACUUAGUAGCAAUGCAAAUAUCUUGGUACAGCUAUAUGGACACUCGAUCACUAUGGUACUUUUUAAUGGUACAUUUACAAACAUAUAUUAUAAUAAAUAGAUUUGAAACUUGUAUCUCAUUAUGGUAAAUUGUGAAAUAAGUAUAGCCAGUUAUAAUUGUAAUGGCUUAGCAGAUAAUAACAAAAGAAGAACAAUAUUUACAUGGCUCAAAGAGAAGGAAUAUAAUAUAUAUUGUUUACAGGAAACUCAUUCAACAAUUUUAGAUGAAGUUGUGUGGAAAUAUACUUCUCCCAUGGGCAAAGAAACUCAAAAGGGUGAUUAUAUUAAUGAACAGUCAUUUUGAUCCGAAUCUGCAAAUUGUCCAAACAGAUCCGCAAGGUAGGUGGAUGAUUUUAAAUAUGUUAUUGGACCAUAAACAGAUAUGGCUCAUUACCUUUACGAACCAAAUAAUGAUAAUCCACGCUUCUUUGAAAAUAUAUAUUUUACAUUUACAUUUUAGUCAUUUAGCAGAUGCUCUUAUACAGAGCGACUUACAGUUAGUGAGUGCAUACAUUUUUUCAUACUAUCAACCCUGCAAGCAAUACAAGACUCUAUUAUUAUGCUGGGAGAUUUUAAUACUUUUUUAAAUACCUCAAUGGACCGUAAAGGAAAUCAGACUACAAACUAUCACCCUCAUGCUCUUAAGGAAAUCAGACUACAAACUAUCACCCUCAUGCUCUUAAGGAAAUCAGACUACAAACUAUCACCCUCAUGCUCUUAAGGAAAUCAGACUACAAACUAUCACCCUCAUGCUCUUAAGGAAAUCAGACUACAAACUAUCACCCUCAUGCUCUUAAGGAAAUCAGACUACAAACCAAUCACCCCUCAUGCUCUUAAGGAAAUCACACUACAAACUCAUCACCCUCAUGCUCUUAAGGAAAUCAGACUACAAACUAUCACCCUCAUGCUCUUAAGGAAAUCAUACUACAAACUAUCACCCUCAUGCUCUUAAGGAAAUCAGACUACAAACUAUCACCCUCUUGUUCUUAAGGAAAUCAGACUACAAACUAUCACCCUCAUGCUCUUAAGGAAAUCAAGACUACAAACUAUCACCCUCAUGCUCUUAAGGAAAUCAGACUAUCAAACGAUCACCCUCAUGCUCCUUAAGGAAAUCAUACUACAAACUAUCAAUCACCUUCAUGCUCCUUAAGGAAAUCAGACUACAAACUAUCACCCCAUGCCUUAAGGAAAUCAGACUACAAACUAAUCACCCGCAAUGCUCUUAAGGAAAUCGACUACAAACUAAUCAAUCACCUCAUGCCUUAAGGAAUAAAAAGCUAUCCCAUGCUCUUAAGGAAUCAGACUACAAACUAUCACCCCAUGCUCUUAAGGAAAAUCAUACUACAAACUAAGUCCCCUCAUGCUCUUAAGGAAAUCAGACAUACAAACUAUCACCCUCCAAUGCUCUUAAGGAAAAUCCAGACUACAAAAUAUCCACCCUCAUGGCUCUUAAGGAAAUCAGACUACAAACUAUCAUCCUCGAUGCUCUAAGGAAAGCAGACCUACAACUCUCAUCCUCAUGCCUCUAAGAACUCAGACUACAAACUAUCACCCUCAUGCUCUUCAGAAAUCAUCUACAAACUAUCACCCUCAUGCUCUUAAAGGAAAUCCACUACAAACUAUCACCCUCAUGCUCUUAAGAAAUCAUACCUACAAACCUAUCACCCCAUCUCUUAAGGAAAUCAGACUACAACUAGCACCCUCAUGCUCUUAAGGAAAUCAGACUAACAACCUAUCACCCUCACUGCUCUUAGGAAAUCAGACUACAAACUUCACCCUCAUGCUCUUAAGGAAUCAGACUACAAACUAAUCACCCUCGAUGCUCUUCAGAAAGCAGACUACAAACUACACCCUCAUACUCUUAAGAAUCAACUACAAACUAUCACCCUCAUGUCUUAAGGAACUCAUACUACAAACGAUCACCCUCAGCUCUUAAGGAAAUCAGACUACACAACUAUUACCCUCAUGCUCUUAAUGAAAUCAGACUAACACACAUCACCCUCAAAAAAAUGCUCUAGGAAAUCAAACUACAAACUAUCACCUCAUUCUCUCUAAUGAAAUCGAGACUAAAACUAUCACCCUCAUGCUCUUAAGGAAAUCAUACUACAACUUCACACCACCUCAUGCUCUAAGGAAAUCAGACACAAACUAUCACCCUCAUCUCUUAAGAAAUCAGACUACAAACUAUCACCCUCAUGCUCUUAAGGAAAAUCAUACUGACAACUACAAACUAUCACACCCUCAAUGCUCUUAAGGAAUCAUCCUACAAACUAUGUACCCAGAUCAUGCUCUUAAAAGGAAAUCGACUACAAACUAUCCCCUCAUGCUCAUAAGGAAAUCACUACUACAAACUAGCAAAUCCCCUACUGCUCUUAAGGAAAUCAUACUACAACAUCACCCUCCUGCUCUUAAGGAAUCAACUACACUCUCACCCUCAUGCUCUUAAGGAAAUCAUACUACAAACUACACCCUCAUCUCUGAAGGAAAUCAGACUACAAACUAUCACCCUCAUGCUCUUAAGGAAAUCGAAUACAACUAUCACCCCUCAUAUGCUCUUAAGUAAAUCAUAACUACAAACUAUCAUCACCCUCAUCUCUUAAGGAAAUCAGACUACAAACGAUCACCCUCAGCUCUUAAGGAAAGCAGACCUACAAACUAUCACCUUAUCAACCUCAUGCGCUUAAGGAAUCAGACUACAAACUAUCACCUCAUGCUCUUAAGGAAAUCAUAGCUACAAACUAUCACCCUCGAUCUCUUAAGGGGAACGCAUCUACAAACUAUCACCCUCAUGGCUCUUAAGGAAUCUACUACAAACUAUCACACCCUCAUGCUCUUAAGAUCCAGACUACAAACUACUCACCCUCAUGCCUCUUAAGGAAAUCGACACAAAAUAUCACCCUCGAUGCCUUAAGGAAAUCAGACUACAAACUAUCAUCCUCUGCUCCUUAAGGAAAUCAACUACAAACUAUCCCCUAUGCUCUUAAUGAAAUCAGACUACAAACGAUCCACCCUCAUGCCUUAAGGAAAUCUACUAACAACUAUCAUCCCUCAUGCUCUUAAAGGAAAUCAGACUACAACCGAUCACCCUCAAUGCUCUUAAGGAAUCAGCUAACCACCUAUACCCCAUGCUCUUAAGGAAUCAGCACUACAACCUAUCACCCUCAUGCUCUUAAGGAAGCUACUACAACUAUCAACCUCAGCGCUUAAGAAUCAGACUACAAACUAUCCACCCUCAAUGCCUCUUAAGGAAGCAGACUACAAACUAUCACCCCAUGCUCUAAGGAAAUCAUACUGCAACUAUACCCCACUGCUCUUAAUGAAAUCAGACUACAAACUAUCGACCCUCAUGCUCUUAGAGGAAAUCAUAUUUACAAACUAUCACCUCAUGCUCCUUCAGGAAAAUCAGACUACAACUAUCACCCUCAUGCUCUUAAGGAAAUCAGACUACAACUAUCACCCUCAUCUCUUAGAAAUCAUACUACAACACUAAUCACCCGCAUUCUCUUAAGGAAAUCAACUACAAAAACUAUCGACCCUCAUCUCUUAAAGCUGGAAGCACGGCGCUUGUAACGCCAAGGUAGUGGGUUCGAUCCCCGGGACCACCCGUACACAAAAAAAAAAUGUAUGCACGCAUGACUUUAAGUCGCUUUGGAUAAAAGCGUCUGCUAAAUGGCAUAUUAUUAUUAUUAUUUAACUAUCACCCUCAUGCUCAUAAGGAAAUCAGACUACAAACUAUCACCCUCAUGCUCUUAAGGAAAUCAUACUACAAACUAUCACCCUCAUGCUCUUAAGGAAAUCAGACUACAAACUGUCACCCUCAUGCUCUUAAGGAAUCAUACUACAAACUAUCACCCUCAUGCUCUUAAGGAAAUCAGACUACAAACUAUCACCCUCAUGCUCUUAAGGAAAUCAGACUACAAACUAUCACCCUCAUGCUCUUAAGGAAAUCAGACUACAAACUAUCACCCUCAUGCUCUUAAGGAAAUCAGACUACAAAACUAUCACCCUCAUGCUCUUAAGGAAAUCAGACUACAAAACUAUCACCCUCUUGUUCUUAAGGAAAUCAGACUACAAACUAUCACCCUCAUGCUCUUAAGGAAAUCAGACUACAAACGAUCACCCUCAUGCUCUUAAGGAAAUCAGACUACAAACUAUCACCCUCAUGCUCUUAAGGAAAUCAUACUACAAACUAUCACCCUCAUGCUCUUAAAGCUGGUAGAGCACGGCGCUUGUAACGCCAAGGUAGUGGGUUCGAUCCCCGGGACCACCCGUACACAAAAAAAAAAAAUGUAUGCCGCAUGCUUUAAGUCGCUUUGGAUAAAAGCGUCUGCCUAAAUGGCAUAUUAUUAUUAUAUUAACUAUCACCCUCAUGCUCUUAAGGAAAUCAGACUACAAACUAUCACCCUCAUGCUCUUAAGGAAAUCAUACUACAAACUAUCACCCUCAUGCUCUUAAGGAAAUCAUACUACAAACUAUCACCCUCAUGCUCUUAAGGAAAUCAGACUACAAACUAUCACCCUCAUGCUCUUAAGGAAAUCAGACUACAAACUAUCACCCUCAUGCUCUUAAGGAAAUCAGACUACAAACUAUCACCCUCAUGCUCUUAAGGAAAUCAGACUACAAACUAUCACCCUCAUACUCUUAAGGGAAAUCAGACUACAAACUUCACCCCAUGCUCUUAAGGAAAUCAUACUACAAAACUAUCACCCUCAUGCUCUUAAGGAAAUCAUACUACAACUACACCCUCAUGCUCUUAAUGAAAUCCAGACUACAAACUAUCACCCUCAUUCUCUUAAGGAAAUCAGACUACAAACUAUCACCCCUCAUACUCUAAGGGAAAUCAUACUACAAACUAUCACCCUCAUGCUCUUAAGGAAAUCAGACUACAAACUAUCACCCUCAUGCUCUUAAGGAAAUCAGACUACAAACUAUCACCCUCAUGCUCUUAAGGAAAUCAUGAAUGUGAUGGAGAUAUUGGAACUGGUGGAUAUAUGGAGGCUUAAAUAUCCUGACCUAGUGAGAUAUACAUGGCAGAGGCUCAAUCAGAGGGUUAAAUAUCCUGACCUAGUGAGAUAUACAUGGCAGAGGCUCAAUCAUGCUAAUCGUCUUGACUUCUUUCUUGUGUCAUUCUCCUUGGCACCAAAAGUUUAAAAAGUGUUGAUAGGGGACAGAAUGCGGUCGGACCAUCAGAUAAUUGGCAUAUACAUUACUCUUACUGAAUUUCCACGUGGGCGAGGAUAUUGGACAUUUUAUCAAAGCCUAUUGGAUGAUAACUUGUUUUAUAACUAGGAAAGAGGAAUUUUUACUGAAUUUUUCCGGCAUAACAUAGGUACAGCAAAUCUUAUUGUAUGGGACGCUUUUAAAUGUGCCUUUAGAGGCCAUGAAAUUCAGUACUCAUCUCUUAAACAAAAGCAAUUUAGGUCAAAAGAGUCCAUACUAACAAAAUAAAUAGAAGUUCUAACAGAAUAGAUAGAUAGCAAUAAAAACGGAAUUCUAAAUAAAUCACAGACAGUGUCACCAGCAAGGCACACCUGUUAAUUGAAAUGUAUUCCAGGUGACUACCUCGUGAAGCUGGUUGAGAGAAUGCCAAGUGUGUGCAAAGCUGUCAUCAAGGCAAAGGGUGGCUAUUUGAAGAAUCUCAAAUAUAAAAUAUAUUUUGAUUUGUUUAACACUUUUUUUGUUACUACAUGAUUCCAUAUGUGUUAUUUCAUCGUUUUGAUGUGUUCACUAUUAUUGUACAAUGUAGAAAAUAGUAAAAAUAAAGAAAAACUCUUGAAUGAGUAGGUAUGUCCAAACUUAUGACUGGUAUUCUAUAUAUACAUACUGUAUAUACAUAUAUAUUUCCAGAUUUUUUUAAAAUAUCUCCUAGAUUUAGGACAGACACUUCAAAACCUUGUUUCUUAUGAUUUAUUUUUUGACUGUCCUUUUUGCCAUUUAUGAAUGUGUUAUUCAAUGCAUUUCUAUGUGCUUCAGUAGUAAAGGCCAAAAUCAAUAUUUAAUCAAAUCAUUAUUUAUUUUUAUUUUUUAUACCUAAAGGGUUCCUAAAAUUCUAAAUAGCUGAAUUAUCCAAUAGUAUGACCAUCAUAAAACAAUUCCAUAUGUCAUCUUGGAACCCCCCCCCCCCCUCCCUCCCCCAACGUCUUAGACUAAAGAAUUCAUGACCAUUUUUGUAGGGUGUGAUACAUUUUUCAUUAGGGCAAAUCAAGUCUGAAAUUUCAAAGAGAAAAUUACAAACUUUAGAAACCUUUUUAAAACUCCAAUACACUACACAUUUGCAUAUCCUGCUUUGCAGGACUAUUCUCAGCAACAAAAGAGUGAUCAAAUUAAGAUCCUACAUCUUCGUACUGACUCUGUUCAACAUAGGUACAUUGGCUUACUAGACCAAUUCAGCUAGGUGGAAUAUUCUAUAUUCAGAAAGAAACAGAGGGCAUAGAAAGGCCAUGAUUCGUUAUCUAUGGGCAAAGACAAUUGCUGGAGCUUAGUGGCCCACCUUAGUGGCUGAACAGCUAUCUUUGUCUUGGGCUAGAAUAGAUGGAUUUCCUGAGGUGUCUUUAAUAAUUAAAGCCAGAAGCCCAGUUACAUUGGCGUCCAACAGCAGGACAGUCUCUCCCGGAGGAGGAGGUCAAAGGUUGCGGAGAUGAUUUGGAAUCACUUUGUCUUGGAGAGUGGUUUUGGAGGGAGUGGGGUUGUUGGACAGUCUCAUUGAGGGGGUUAUAUGGUUCAACUGAGCUGGUUAAAGCCAGCUAGGCUGGGCACAGGACCAAAGCACAGAGCACAGCCCUCUGACGGAGCACACUCUAGGAUUAAUGGCUGUGCACAAAGCACACGGAGAGGAACACACACACACAUGCACGCUCACACACACGCAUAGAAUGCACAAAGUACACACACACAUACGCAGAGGAACACACACAUUUACAGUCAGCGACUGCCGCGGAGGGGACAAGCCACGUCUCUCUCUGCUCCAGUGGACUGUGAUUCCUAUUACAUCACUCAUCUCUACUUCUAAUCUCCCUCUCCCUCGCUUUCCUCUAUUUUGCUCACUUUCUAUUACUUGAUCAUUCGCUGUCAGAUUCCACUCUCCCAUCUCUCUUUCUCUCUCUCUCUCCCUCUAGUUCUCUCUCUUUUUCACUCACCCUCUCUCUUCGCUCCGUCAAGUUAUUCCUAUUCCGGGAACACACAAUAAACAAAACAAACAAAGCCAAACAGGGGAAACAGAAUUGAAUGAUUGAAUCACCAAAACCUAUUUCCUCACCCUACUCCAUGUUGCUUUCUAUGGCUCUCUCUUUUUCUCACUUUUUCUCCCUCUCUUCUCUAGCUUGUCCAUUUAAUAGUAAAGGAAGCCCCUGCCUCCGUUCAAUCCAGAGAAAUAUGUUAUUCUGAAGAGCGUGCCAUCCCAGUACAUCAAAUAUGUAUACACCUGUAAUCUUUCAUCAUAAUUAUCCUUUAAUGUGUCUCUGUAACAAUUUUGGUUUCCCUCCUCAUAAGGCAUGGGCCAAAGAUGAUGGGAUAUUGCUUGAUUGCGUGAUGUUACGUAAUAGAGGAGAACUCUCUCUGGUUCUUCCUCUCUCACUUCGUCUUUUGCCCCACAACAGUAUUGCUCUUCUUUCUUUUUUCACCCUCCUCUCUCUCUCUCUUUCUCCCAAUCCCUCUCUCUUUCCCCCUUUCCUCUCUCUGCUCUCUGCCCCCUCCACUCUCUCUCUCCUCAGUCUCCAUAUCGGUCUGUUUCUUCUCUUUCAGUCUCUUUCUCUCCCUUCCCCUCUCUCCUAUCUCUCUCUUUCUCUCCCUUUCUUACUCAUGUCUGUUAGCACAGUCCCAUAGUGACAGACACAUAGGGCUAAGCACAGAGCAGGUCAUGUGUUUUAGAGGGCAUAUCAUCAAGUCACAGAGGUCUAAGCCUUAGGGGCCAGAGGGACACCUGGGGAUCUGGUCCAAUGACAACUCAGCUCUUUAGAAGGUCACCAUGACAACUCAACAGGGACAUUGCAAAGCAGAGUAACUGUACUCACACUACCUCUAGUAAUUAAAGAUGCAUUGACUAUACAGUAGAUGGAAAUGCAUAAUUGAUUAACUGACUUAUUCAUUUGGCCAUUAAAAAAUAAAUAUGACGUUAUGUAUGUACAGUGGGGAGAACAAGUGUUUGAUACACUGCCGAUUUUGCAGGUUUUGCUACAUACAAAGAAUGUGGUCAAGACCUACAGGAAACGUAUGAUCUCUGUAAUUGCAAACAAAGGUUUCUGUACCAAAUAUUAAGUUCUGCUUUUCUGAUGUAUCAAAUACUUAUGUCAUGCAAUAAAAUGCAAAUUAAUUACUUAAAAAUCAUACAAUGUGAUUUUCUGGAUUUUUGUUUUAGAUUCUGUCUCUCACAGUUGAAGUGUACCUAUGAUAAAAAUGACAGACCUCUACAUGCUUUGUAAGUAGGAAAACCUGCUAAAUCGGCAGUGUAUCAAAUACUUGUUCUCCCCACUGUAUAUAUACAAAAACGUGUUAAACAAAUCAAAAUAUAUUUUAUAUUUGAGAUUCUUCAAAGUUGCCACCCUUUGCCUUGAUGACAGCUUUGCACACUCUUGGCAUUCUCUCAUGAGGAAUGCUUUUCCAACAGUCUUGAAGGCAAAGGGUGGCUACUUUGAAGAAUAACAAAUAUAAAAUAUAACAUUUUGAUUUUUUUUAACACUUUUUUGUUUACUACAUGAUUCCAUAUGUGUUAUUUCAUAGUUUUGAUGUCUUUACUAUUAUUCUACAAUGUAGAAAAUAGUACAAAUAAAGAAAAACCCUGGAAUGAGUAGGUGUGUACAAACCUUUGACUGGUACUAUAUAUGAAGUCACCACAUUGAAACAUCAAUACGUACGUAUAUUUUAAAAAAAUAUCAAGGACAAACACAAUAAAGUCAAAAACAUAUUAGUACUAUUAUUCACUAAAUUAGGUAUCUGCUUCUUGUAUCCUUUACAGCUGUCUACAGCUUGUACUUUAAGCCAGCCACAGUCUGACAACACCAGUCUAGAAUGAGUUUAAUUUCCUCCCCUGAGACCGUCUCUCUUUCUGUAUCUAACUCCCCGUCACUGUGGACAGAUAGUUAGUCCAUUAGGCAGCUCAGUAAUCUAUCCUCUACCUCAUUUACAGAAAGCACACACAACUCAGUCUCCCUGAUCCUCUCUCUGAUCACUAUCUGUUAGUGGGGGUUAAUGCUGCCUGCUGACUAGGCAACACAGUUAGAGGGUAUUGCAAACUCCUUCUCAAACCGCCCCUCCCUUCUCCCUUUACUAUCUCAUCUGAACUGGGGACUGGUGUUAAAUAUGCAAGGGAGCCGUCUUAUCCUACAGAGGAAAUUGUAUUGGUGGUUACAGCAGGCAGUAUAGGGCUUUUUCUAUUUCACGCUCCAACCAAGUGCCUCACAAUUAGCCUCUCCGCAGCCUGUUAACACUGUCUUACAUCUGUAGGAGAGAGAGAGAGAGAGAGGAGGAGAGAGGGGCGAGAGAGACGAGAGAGAGUAGAGACAGAGAAACGAUAAGAGAGAGAUAUCUACAGACAUAUACAUAGAGAGCUAAUCUCUGAGAUCGAGCCUGUCUCGCCUCUCUCUCUCUCUCUCUCUCGCUCUCUCCUCUCUCUCUCGCUCUCUCUCUCUCCUCUCUCCUUCUUUCUCCGCUCUAAUGCGCCUCUCUCCCCUUUCCCUGUCCUUCUCCUUUUCUCACUCCCUUUAUUAGCAUUGUUAAAUCAUCCAGUCAGAUGUUACGGUAAGGAGUUUUACCCUCAGGUUGUUUGAGGUGACACUGAUGUUGUUCUCUGUCUGUCUCUGCACAGUAUGGGAUUAAAUAGCAGCCCAAAGUAUGUUUCUCACUUUGGAUGAUUGUGUCUUUUUGGUCUGUGUGUGUGCAGGUUCCAGCCAGCAGGCCUGGUAGAGAUGAUCCAGGCUAUAGCUCAGAACAUGUCCAACAUGGCGGUCAGAGUGGAACAGAUCCUCCAGAACAGCAUGGCCGCCGGCAGAGGUACAAUAUUAUAACACUAACAUUACACACUGUGUUAUUGCUGUGCAAUACAUAUGGAACUGCCCAUGCCUUCUUCACAUCAUUGGGGUGGUCCAAACCUUACUUUCUAUGAACAUUGUCCUUUCCAGCGCGGUUCCAGCAACUAUGAUGGCAACUAUGGUGGAUGUGUUAACUAGGCUUUCCUCUGGUCGGUUUGGCUCAGCAGUGUGAAAAGGUUCUUACCACUCUAUGAAAACACUAAAAGUUGUAAUCCUCGACAGGUACUCAGAACAUCAAUUCAAAAACUUUCGAACUGCAAUACACGUCAGACUUUUACACCUCAGAUCUAAAAUACAGCAGCCAUUCAAAGUGCAGCAUGACAAGUGAUUCGUAUAUUAAAUGAAUUGAUGUGGGAAAUAAAAGUAAGAUCUACUCUAAUAAAACAAAUCAACAGUACAGCCAGCCGUAGAGUCUUUAUUUUUUUAUACCCAUCUCCAUUUUAUUGCUUUCUAUAUCUGCUGUUGACUCUUCUGUCCAUCCCCACAUUUUUUUAUCAAAUCAUAAAUAAUUCUGCUACCGGCACAAAUAAUGCCGAUUGUGUUGGAAACAUACACACAGGAAGACACACACACACACACACACACACACACACACACACACACCACACACACGGACGGUUAUCAAGGGAACUCAAUCGACAGUCCUUAAUCAACUCUUCUUCCUUCCGUCUCCCUCUCCUCAACCAACAGCAAAGUCAUUAUCAGAGGCAAUUAGUCUUAUCUCCCUUUGUUUUCACGGUGAAGACGUGAUGGCAGAACCCCAACCGCUUUUAUUCAUCACAAACCACACUCCGUGGACUUUAUUGUCUGUUUCGACUCGAGCACAUCAGUGAUUCAUCUCGUGGCCGAGAGAGAGAGACACAAGACGACGUGGUCGGAAGUUGGUUUUCGAGCCUCCCUCCCAGCCACCGCACGCUAUUUUAUUUUUGUCUCGCAGGGGCCUCGAGUUUUUAUCUAAUUAGUCCUCCGCACAUUUAAUAGUGGCCAUGGCGACGGUUAAUAUUAUUGUAAUAAAAUGGAAGGCGCUGAAAUAUUUUGUGUCACUGGGAAAUAUGUGACGUGUUAGUGAGCAGAGAAGCUUGAGGGAUGGAGUGACUGAGAUAGAGAGAGACAAAGCUUUCAUUAGACACAUGGAAGCAGUCAGAUAAUGUUUUGGUCCAGAGAGAGGAGUAUAUACAGAGAGAGGGCUAGAAAAAGAGAUAGCGAGAUAGUAAUCGAUAGAAGAGAGAUAGGAUGAGAGAGAUAGAUAUUAGAGCAUCUCUCUCCUUUCGUAUCUUAUCUCUCGAUAUCUCUCUCUCUAUCUCACUACUCUCUCUCUCUAUCUAGAUAUCUCUUCUCUCUCUCUCUCUCUCUCUUAUAGAUAGUCCAACUCUCUCAUCUAACCUUCCCGUCUUCUCCCAUCCAUACUGCUGGAACUUCGAGUUUCAACUCCAGUCUCUCUUCCUGGCUGUAGGCCCCCAGCUGCAGGGAGGCAGUUAGCUAACUCAAUGGACCAAUUAAUGCAGUGAGUGCAGCGUGAGUGAGCGGAUACAUAUUGUACCGUUAGCCCGGGAGGGGUGGCAGCAGUGGCGAGGGGUUGUAUUUCUGUACCCCACGGUGAACAAUGUGCACCAAAGCAGGCCUGAUGGGACAUAUGGUUUGCUGAAAAUGUUGUUGAUUGUCUGUUAUAAGGAUCUCUAUUAUCUCCUCUUCACGAAUAAUUGUACUGUGGUUCAUGAUCAAAUGUAUGCACGCAUGAUAGUAAGGCUUAAAAGGUCUCUGAUAUAUGACUAUGGUGUCUUUAUUCUGUUGCUUCCACAGUGUUGUAAUAUGAUUGAUGUUGUGUCUUUUCUAUGUCUCCACAGUGUGUAACUAUGAUGUGUGUGUUCUAUAUCUCCACAGUGUGUAACUAUGAUGUGUGUGUUCUAUAUCUCCACAGUGUGUAACUAUGAUGUGUGUGUUCUAUGUCUCCACAGUGUGUAACUAUGAUGUGUGUGUCUCUUCUCUUCAGCAGUGAGAGAUGGCUCGUCAGGCCAGUGUGAGGUACCCAGAGACCCCCACUACCCAGACUGCCCUGGAAAAGUGGAUGUGAGUUUCUCUCUGUCUAUCUAGCUAGGCUAUAAGAGAUUCUCCUGAUAUCUUAUAACCAAUAUUCCCUCUAAGCUUCCCUCUAAGCUCCCCCAGGACUGCCGUGCAGAAUAAAUAUCAGCCCGCGCAGAGAAGCACGAGAUUGAACUUCACUCAACUUUCUAGAGUUUUCCCCCUUAGUUAACACCAUCAACGUUUCCCUUUACUUUGGGAAUUGUGAUCGAAUCAACGCAAUAUUAGCCGCUUUCAAUGCAACAUACCGAAACAAAACGAAGAGAUGUUGUUCUAGGUAGAACGCAUCGGAGUAGGAUUCUAUUGCAUUGACACGCAUGACUCAGCCCGUACUCUACACAGACUUGUGAAACAUAACCAAUCAGAGCAAAUAGACCAUUGCCAGAUAUGGAUCUGUGCCGUUCACUUUAAACUGGACUGUGUUUACAGCAUGAGCGGUCGUGAGUAGAUGCACUUGUUUUGGGAUUAAAGAGAGAGCUGCAUGUAGCCAUGUGUGAACAUUUGUUCAUAUCCUUUGCUAGUUAGUGAGUUAUUAGCCCAGUUAUAGAUAAUUUGUAGUCAGUAAUGGGGGAGUGAUUGCUUCCUACAAGAGCAUAAAACGUGUACAUUUCUAGACAUAUUUGAAACGCGAGUUGGGUAAAGAGCAUUUUUUUGUCUUAAAGGGGCAGUUUUUUAUUUUGAGAGGCUUGAAUAAGCUAAGUAGCCAAUAGGCAGAGGGCAGCAUAAUUUCUCUGAUUCUCUGUAAUAAUGGUGCAUUUUAAUAAUGCCUUUUAUUUUGUAAAGUGGUUGCUUGUAUCCAACAACACAACAACAUUUUCAGUCACCUCCUUGUCUGAUGGACAAGUGGAUAAACGGGUUAAUGUCAAGCCCUACAUGUUUUUUUCAAAAGUCUCAUUGACUACUACAGUAGGCUGAAUGAUAGAACAGCUAUUUCCAUGUUAAAAUGUUUUGGGAUGCAUUUUCUCCAUUGUUUUUGAUGGUAGGCCAUUCUGGUAGGCCUUCAUUAUAAUCAAAUAGCCACAGUAGCCUAAAUAACUCUAAGUUAAAGCAGGUACAGCCUCAGUGUUCACAGUAAACACGUGCUGGAAGUUGCACAGAAUUUUCACAACAUUCAAGUUUGUGCUCAAGUUUGCGCUCAGCAGACCUGAAAUUAGCUCAGUGAUUAAAAAGAUUAGAGGGACAUUACUUAUAACCUGCAAUUCCAUUUAACUGAACAUUUGAAUUUAAGUACAUCUAAUCUAUGAUCAAGAGGUAGAGAACUCCCUAUAGUUUUCAUAUGACCUGUGGCAAUUAUUGUAUUAUUUUUAUUUGUGUUUAACAAAGUCAAAGUAACCUGAACAUUAAACUUUGACCCGUGUAUCACCAGUGGAUGCGUGCCCGCUGGACGUCAGACCCGUGCUAUGCCUUCUACGGGGUGGACGGCUCCGACUGCUCCUUCCUCAUCUAUCUGAGCGAGGUGGAGUGGUUCUGCCCCCCUCUGGCCUGGAGGAACCACAGCAGCCCCCCCACCGUCCAUACACACACACACCACACCACCACCCCCAGGAGACAGGUGAGACACACACACACACACACACACCACACAGAACCCAUUCCACCAUCCAUACACACACAGACACCAGACCACCACCGUCAAGAGACUGGUAAGAGGGACACACCCACAUACACACACACACACACAAAGGAAGAUGCAUACACAUACUCACAAAAGCAGAUGAUCAUAUACACACACGAGCCCUGCUAAGAGAUGCGGGGCAAAAGCCUACAUGUAGAAGCACUUACACACACAAAUUCACACUCAAAAGAGCACAGCCAGUAGACAAAUGAAUCUUCAUACUUCCGCUGUAUAAGCUUGCAUAGUAGACAUCUCUUUCCUCCCUCUCUCAUUGUGCUGCAGGAUAGUCAAUGCCACACGCAGCACAAAUGAAUUCUUUACACUCAAACACACCUCAGUCCCUGAUUCUCUUAGCAGAACGGUGUUCAAGGCUGAGUCAAUGUGUGCUAUUUUUUCAAAACAAUACCUGCACAGCUAUUAACCAGGUUCAAAGAUACCUACACACAGAGAGAGAUCCCUGAUCACAAAGUGUGUGUGUGUGCGAGUGUGUGUGUGUCUGUAUGUGUCUCUGUGUGUGUGAUCUGUGUGUGUGAGUGUGAGUGUGAAUGCUGGAUAUUGAAUUCUCUGUUGUACUUUAAUAUUGAAUAGCUUAUUAGUGUUUGGCAACGUUCCUAAUUACAGGAGUGGCUCUGUUAGCCAGAUAAUCUAGGCCAUUUGUAGCAGGGUCAGCUCUUUUAAGAAGUCUUUGAGUGAGCAUAUAGGUGUGUGUGUUUGUAUAUAUAUGUGUGUGUGUGUGUGUGUGUGUGUGUGUGUGUGUGUGUGUGUGUGUGUGUGUGUGUGUGUGUGUGUGUGUGUGUGUGCGUGCGUGCGUGCGUGCGUGCGUGCGUGCGUGCGUGCGUGCGUGCGUGUGUGUGUGUGUGUGUGUGUGUGUGUGCGUGUGUGUGAUGGACAGAGAGAGACUUUUAGACUACACAGUCAUAGCCGUUUAACUAGCACAGGUUUCUCUAGAGACUUAGCUUGUAGUACUAUCACCCCAGAGAACACAGUCUGCACACACUCCUCUGAACCACUGUGGUCCUAUUGCAGAGGGAAAGUGGGAGAGGAGCCUGUGUGGGUAGCUAUCAUGUAAUGCCAUAAAUAUCUGUAGGCUCGCUCCAAUUGACCUCCCCUCAUCUCAUCCUUCCUCCCACACUCUCUCCAUCUCUCACCCUCUUCUUAUGUAUUUCUUCACUACUUACACUCUAUCGGCAUCUCUGUAAAGUUAUAGGCUUUUAUUGUUUUGGAUUUUAGAUCAUAUACAUUUUUUUAAGAUAAGAUAAAACUGGAAAAACGAAUGGACCUCUCUCUCUCUCUCUCUCUCUCUCCUCUCUCUCUCUCUCUCUCUCCCUCCCCCUCCCUAUAGGCUGCGUUCCGUACAGACCUGUCAUCUCUGCUGGACCAGGUUGGCACGGGCAAAGAGUCCCUGAGCUUCAUGAAGCGCCGCAUGAGGAGGCUGGCAUCACAGUGGGGCACGGCCGCCCAGCGCCUCCACGCCAAGCUGCGCCAACGCUGGAGGGAACAGAAGAAGGUAGAGAUGAGAGAGAGAGGAAGAAAGACAGAGAGGUAGAGAGAGAGCGAGAUCUAUAUAGGAGAGAGCCGAUAGACGAGAGAUGAGAUAGAUAGACGAUAGAUCGAGAGCUGCUCGCCCUAGCUACCGUCUCGCUCUAUCUCUCUCUCUCUCUCGCUCUCUCUCGCUGUUUUUUUCGUUUGUUGUUGUCUUGUUUUUUUUUGUUCUUGUUUCCAUUUGCUUGUUUCCACAUUCAGUCAGGGAAUACCACCCAGUAAAUGUGAGACGACUGAAAGUGAGUUCUCUCUUUCCCUCCCAAUUGUUACAACCUUCAAUGAAUGCCGCUUUUUCCUCUGUGAUUCUAUUAUUGUGUUAUUCACUCUCAGCAACCUGAUGAAGUAAAGAGUGAAGGUAAACCGAAAUUGACGGGAGAGAUGAGAGAUGAAUCAUGUGAAAUAAGUGGUUCGAGAGCGAUCAGGGAGGAGAGAUGGAGAGCAAGGUGUUAAGAGGAUAGGGAUUGACACUGAGCCAUCCGAAGAUUGAGCGAUCGAUAGGUAAUUGUCACUGAUCCCCCGGUACUUGCUGCCUCUUCCGUUUCACCAUUUCCAGUAGGUCUAUACGUCACCGGCUUCUAGGCGUCACUGACCUGGUUCAUUACCACCAACCCCAGACUGUCUUGUCUCAUUACGCACACCUGGUUCCCAUUCCCCCUGAUUAGUAUGUGUAUAUACAGUAUGAGCCCUCUGUUCCCAAUUGUCCUUGUCGAUUAUUGUCCCAUUUCCGUUGGUCUCGUGAGUACCGUGUAUAGUGGUCUUGUUGUUUACGGGUCUCGUCCCGUGUAUUGUGUAGAGGUUACACCUCACUCUUUGUUUGGGUUACAUCCCUUUUGUAUAUAUAUAUACGUGUUUGUGUUGGGAGGAGUAAAUAAAACCCCUAAGACUUAUUCCUGCGCCUGUCUUCAAAUCUUUAUACAAUGUGACAGUAAUAAAAUAACAGGCCUCAUACUUCUCUCCUCACAUCUCUCUCUCUCUAAAAUAAACCAACAGGCCUAAAAUGGCUGUCCAUCCACACAGACCCUCCCCAGUCUUGAUUGAUGGAGCCGUCUCGUGCCUCAAACGCAUGAAAUGGAUUUGUUAUUUUAGAUCUGUCCUCUCAUCUCUCCGGCUGUGUGAUACUGUGCUAUCUCUACACCAGCCGGUCCAACGCUGUUUAUCAUUACCUAAUUAAUUUUGAUAGGGGAUCAGUGUACAGCCCGUGAGGGAGUGCUUAAUAUGUGGAUAAUAUCUGAUCUCAGAUCAGGUAUUGACUGUCAUUCUCUGGUAUGCUUGUGUGUCUACCCCACCAGUAGACGACAUGUCAGGAACUAAAGAAUAAAACACUUGGGAGUCCUCUACAGCGGACUGAGGAAAAGCAGUCUGCCAUCAAUUAACUCUGACCCUUGUGCUUCCUAUAUUUUCCUAUAUCCUUCUCUUCCUCCCUCUCCCUCUCUGCCUCUGUCUCUUCCUCCCUCUCUGCCUCUGUCUCUUCCUCCCUCUCUGCCUCUGUCUCUUCCUCCCUCUCUGCCUCUGUCUCUUCCUCCCUCUCUGCCUCUGUCUCUUCCUCCCUCUCUGCCUCUGUCUCUUCCUCCCUCUCUGCCUCUGUCUCUUCCUCCCUCUCUGCCUCUGUCUCUUACUCCCUCUCUGCUCUACCUUCCCCCGCUCUUCCCUCUCGCUCUGUCUCUCCUCCCUCUCUGCCUGUCUCUUCCUCCCUCUCUGCCUCUGCUCUUCCUCCCUCUCUGCCUCUGUCUCUUCCUCCCUCUCUGCCUCUGUCUCUCCCCCUUCUGCCCUUCUCUUUCCUCCCUCUCUCCUCUGUCUCUUUCUCCCUCUCUGCCUCUGUCUCUUCCUCCCUCUCUGCCUCUGUCUCUUCCUCCCUCUCUGCCUCUGUCUCUACCCCUCUCUGCCUCUGUCUCUUACUCUCUCCACUAAUGCAAUCCCAACUCUCCGGUUCACUUUUUAACAUUCCAAUAUGUUCUGGGGAUUCAAUUCUGUUUCCCUUGAUUGAGUUUGUUUGGUUUGUGUGUGCUCCCGGAAAAGGAAUAACUUGAUGAAGCAGAGAGAGAGAGAAAGGAGAAAAGGAGUAAGGGGAGAGAGAGAGAGACAAGAGAGAGCAGAGAGAGAGAGAGAGAGAGCGAGAGAGAGAGAGGAUGAGAGAGAGGAGAGAGAUAGACAGAGAGAAGAAUCGACAGAAGAGAGCAGACGAGCAGAUAGCUGACGUAGCCGAAGAAGAUGCAUCUAUGACAUCGACAGCGGCACAAGGCGAGGAGAUGAUCGAGGUAGUGUGGCCGAAGACAUAUCAGAGAGAGAGAAUAACCAUUAUUUUACCUGUCAGUGGCAGAAACAGGUACAGGGAACGGAUCCCAGGGGAGCAUGGAAUAGAGGAGUCUUUGUCUGUGUUUUUUAUAUUUUCUAUAAUAUAUGCCACUCAACAGAGGCUGUUAUCCAAAGAGACUUACAGUGCAGUGAGUGCAUAUUGAGUGCAUAUAUUUCUAUUUCAUGUAUGUGAUCCCUGAGGGAAUUGAACCCACUACCUCUGGAAAGAGUGGGGUUUAAAAAAGUUCCAUUCCUGCUCUGUCGAACCUCUAGACCGCAGAGUCAGAGUGUGUGUGUGUGUGUUGUGUGGUGUGUGUGUGUGUGUGUGUGUGUGUGUGUGUGUGUGUGUGUGUGUGUGUGUGUGUGUGUGUGUGUGUGUGUGUGUGUGUGUGUGUGUGUGUGUGUGUGUGUGUGUGUGUGUGUGUGUGUGUGUGUGUGUGAGAGAGCAUGUGUGUAUGUGUGUGUGUGUGCGUGCAUGUGUGUUAGUUAGAGAGGAGCGAAAUCCUGACUGACUGACUGACUGUGGGACGCCCCAAAGGCCUCCGACUGAAUUUCAAUCAUUUCUCUGUCAAGUCAGUUUGAACCUUUCCUGAUAGCUAUAUAAAACCUGAGGAGUUUUUAAAACUGCCAUUUUAACCUAGUUCUUUAAACUAGAACAUCUGUGAGGCAAAUUGUAACAACCCUUAUUAAUAAUAAUAAUAAUGACUUACUUUUAUACAGAGUUUUAGUCUCAAAGUGACCUCAUCCACCACCAUAUACUGCAACACACUUUGUUCAGUUCCACUGAAAUACUCAAACACAAAAGCAUAGUCCAACAUUGAGCUUGUAUUUCUUGACAAAAAAUAGAGCAUUAAAGCUCAAAAGCAGUGAUAACCAAACUGAAUAGAAAUAUGUUUCUAACGAUGGAGGAAUGGGAAUCUCUGCUAUGCAGUCACAGCCUGAGCUACACUCUUAGCAAAAAAUGUGCUGUCUAGAACCUAAAGGGUUCUUCGGCUGUCCCCAUAGGAGAACCCUUUGAAGAACCCUUGUUGGUUCCAGGUAGAACCCUUUUGGUUCCAAGUAGAACCGUUUUGGGUUCCAUGUAGAACCCUUUCCACAGAGGGUUCUACCUGGAACCAAAAGGGGUUGUGCCUGGAACCAAAAAAAUGGGUUCUCCUCUGGGGGCAGCCGAAGAACCCCUUUUGAACCCUUUUUCUAGGAGCGUAUAGGAGAGCUAUGGGAGACCUUCAGCAUUAGCUGCAUUUCUCCCUUCAAUUCCAGGCUAUUAGCUGAGCAGUGUUCCCGGCUGAGUUUAUGUAUGCUGUUCUUUUCAAAACAAUCCUAGCAACUAAAGACCAAUUAUGUGUGUGUGUUUGCGAGCGUGUGAUGAUUACCCCAUCACUCUCGGUUUUACUUGGAGAAUAGACUGACCUACAACCUACAGUAGCGGGUAAGAAACAGUAUGCAGCCGUGAUGGGAAGGGGGUAAAGGGGAGGGCAGAGGCAGUAGUUGGCAGUGCCAGCUUGUGUUCCACCCUAACCCCCCCCAACCCCCUCACUCAGACAUCUGUGCCCUUCAGACCGGCUGGUGGAAGGGUAGUGUGUGGGCACGCAGGGAUGUUAGAGCGCAACAGAUGCCCUUACACACACACAUACACACUCACACAGGUACUCAAGCCACCACACCACCCUACACACCACCCUGCUAACGGGCACCAGGUUAAACAUUAGCAUUCUGCUGUGGUUAGCGCGUUAGCGAUGAGUGGAGGUGAGCACUGGAGAGACACAGUAUUAUAGAGACCUCUUCACUGGAAUGUCACUUCUACAUCUACCACACGCACACACUCACACACAUACACACACACACACACACACACACACUUAAAACACAAAGUUUAGACUCACACACACACACACUUUGAACACCUCCAUUAGUUUAGACAGUCACACACUGCGACACACACUUCUUUUGACACACACAUACACACACACACACACAUCAAGGUCACCGACUUGUCAGUGAUACACAUCGGCUGCAGAUCAAGACUGGUACACAGUGCUGUUCCCCUAUUUCCUGUCUCUGCAGCUUCACAGAUGACGUAUCUUCCUCACACUGCGCUCCACUCCACCGCUCUGUGUGUGUGUGUGUGUGUGUGUGUGUGUGUGUGUGUGUGUGUGUGUGUGUGUGUGUGUGUGCGUGCGUGCGUGUGUUUGUGUGUGUUCAAUCUCACACUAGUGUUUCUGCAUUAGUGCGUGGUUUCCAGAUUUGCGUGAUAUCCCCCUUUUUGGCCAAAGGCGUUCUCGUGGCCAGAGCCAUCUGCCACCCAAACUGUAAUUUAAUUUCACUUAUCUUUUUUAUGAAGCACAAGUCUAAUAUAGCAAGCUCAUUAAAUCAGUGUGAUAUUUCAUUUCAUGCCAGUCGCGUUUUCGCUGGCGCUCGAUUCGCUCGACUCUGUAUCCCAUAGACACUCUCUUGAUACACAGACACACACACACACAUACACACACACACACACACACACACUCAUGUAGAGGGCUUAGAAGUCAGCAGAGAUGAGACAUGGAGAACUGGUAUGAGCUGGUUUUGAAGUUUGUCUGUGGCAGGGAUGUUUCUAUGGGUCUGGGUAUUACUGUAUGCCUGUUUCCAAAUCUAUUUCUAUCUCCAGUCCUUGAGGGCCACUGUGUAUUCUUGUUUUCAUCCUAAUUACUUUUUAAUAACAGUACUUUUUAAUUCGAUCUGGGCGACUAGGAGUGUUAAAUCGUUUGCUUAUUAAUGAAACAAAUCAAUCUCAUCAUGAUCAUAAAUUCCACUCUUUUGAAUUUCAUUCCCUCCGUUCUGGCGCUCGUACAAUCUGUCGGAAGAUGACUAGAGGAGGAGGAGGUGGUGGUGCGUGCCAGUGUUGUUGUUUAGCAUCCUGCCGGCCGCUGACUGUGACUUUUAGCACAUGAUUAGACAGUGACUCAGGCAUCACACACAGGACAGAGAGAGAGGGAGAGGGAGGAUGAGAGGAGGGAAAGAGGGGUGGCAGAUGGAGAGGGAGACUAUUCUCUAAGAGAGAGAGAGAUAGAGAGAGAGAGAUAGAGAGAUAGAUAGAUGAGAGAGAGGAGAUAAGAGAGAGGAGAUCAUCUAUCGCAUCGAGCUAUCUUCUCGCUCUCCUCUAGUUAGAGCGCUAGCAGAUAGACUCGCUCAGCUAUUCAUAGCGAGCCCCGCCCAUGCUUACGAUCCGCCUUCUCCACACGACCUCGCUCGAAGGAUAGAAUACUAGGGAGGUAAAACAGCCUCCAGGAACUUAAUGAGGUGUGCCCCGCUGAGUGGAGAAAGGGCUGUUAAUCACUUCCACAACAGUUCAGACUGACACACAGACACUCAUCGAGACACACUGCUCACACACACACACACUCUCUUCUCUCUCACACACACACACACACACACACACUCUCACUAUCACACAUACACACACAUACACACUCACACACACACACACUCUGUUUCACAUAUACACACACACUCACACACACAAACUCACCACUCUCAUAAGCUCAUUAUGUAAAAGCCAGUGAAAGUUUGUCUCAUUGUGUCUAUCUGGGGCAGAGGGGCUUUUCAUGCUGUGUUAGCUCAUCAGGAUUAUUCUGCACAGUACCUCUCUGACAUGACUGACUCUGUUUGCGUCCCAAAUGGUGCCCUAUUCCCUACAAAGUGCACUACUUUUGACCAGGGCCUAUAGGGCUCUGGUCACAAGUAGUGCACUAUGUAGGGAAUAGGGAGCCAUUUGGAAUGUGGCCUCUGUCUAAUACACAGUAGGGAUGCACAUGUGUUCUGUCUUUGAUUCCAUAGUGUAUUAUUACAGAAACAUAUUUUAUUACAGCGAGAGUCGGAUGUAUGAUUAACGGUAAUGUAGGCAGAUGUCUAUGGAACACUAGAGAUUCUCUGGAAAAUAUUUGAUUGAUUGAGGAUGACCAUGUGCUCUUGUGUGUCUGAUGCUAAUUACUGUAUUAUUACAGCUACAGUUGGAUUCUGAACUGAUAUAAAUGUUUUCUUGAUUUCUAGGAGGCAGGGUUGGGGUCAAUUUAAUUCAAUUCAACCCAGGAAUUGAAAUUCGAAUUUGAAUUGGACACACCCCACCGAAAGCAGAAUUUAAAUUAUAUUUUAAUGAAAGGAAGUAAAAUUUAAUUCAAAGCAAUUCAAAGAAAUUCAACUGAAAGUGAAACAUGAAAAGUCAUUCCUUUGACACGUUUUACCAAAAGAAUCUGUCAAUUAAUACAUAAGAAAUACAGAUACCAUUUAAAAUAUCAAAUUGAUUAUCACUCAUAUAUGUCAAACAGUAUUUUAUUUAUUUAUAUUUGUCAUGAGAUAUUAGGUUGUUCCCUUCCAUUCUGGAGUGUUUGGUUUGAUCUAAUGCAUUCUGGGAAAUGUACUUUUUCUGUUUAGUUUUUUAUAACCUGUUAGUGAAAUAUGAAUUAGGAGAAUGAAAUGUUUCAAUCAUAUGUUAAACAUAGUAUUGGUUACCAUACAUUAUGUCAAAAUUAACAUUGUAUAGUGUUGUGUUCACAUAAAUAAUUUCCAUUUGAAUAGCCAAAAUCCAUUUGAAUUUUAUUGAAUAAAGAUUAUAAUUCCUGUGGGGUGUGGUCAAUUCAAAUUCAAUUCAAAUUCUGCUUCCUGUGGGGUUUGGUCAAUUCAAAUUAAAUUCAAAUUCUACAAUUGAAAUGGAAUUAAAGGACAAUUUGCAACUCAAUGGCGAAGGUGCAUAAAGAUGUUGAAAUUCAGAUAUAAUUCAGGUGCUACCACUAUCCAUAGAGUUUUUUAACGACGGCGCGCUACAUAGUUCAAUGUGCCAAUAAAUCAGCACUAUCUACUUUUAGCGUUUUUUCAAAUUGCCUGCUUCUUGGAGCUUAAAUUGGGACCAUGUAUACUGCGCUAAUGAUGAUACAAAAAAAGAGUAACUAAGAGCAAUGUACAAUACGGCAAAAUUUGCAAACAAGGCAUUUGUGGUAAGUACAUAGGGGCCACCAUCUGCAUGGCACUUCCGCUAUUCAUAAUUGACCCCAACCCUGCUAGGAGGAUGAACAUGUGUUCAUGUCUGAUACUUAGAGAACCAUGUCUACUGUAUUAUUAAGGCUAGUUGGAUGGCUGAUGAUCACUAAAGCUCUCUCUCAAGUAACCCCAAAAGUACACGUUUGUUGUAACCCCAGACAAACUCACCUGAUUCAACUCAUUGCGGGCUUGAUGAUUAGUUGAAAAGUGUAAUCAGGUGUGCUUGUCCCGGGCUACAACAACGUGUGCUGUUGGGGGUACUGGAGGAGUUGGGAAACACUGGUCUAAUGUAUGCAGAUGUUCAGUGUCUAUUCUGUGUAUCGCAAUGACUGACUGGCGACGUCUAGUACACUGGGAGAUUGAACACGUGUUCAUGUCUGAUACUUAUAAAAACCCGUAUUAUAGCUGGAGUUGGAUGUUUGACGUCUGAUGAGCACUAAAGCUCUGUUAAUGAUGACAACGUGAUGAUAUGUAAUGUAUGCAGAUGAUCAGCGUCUAUUUUGUGUACAUUAUGCACCAUUAUGGAAAUUCUCCAACUGUAACAUGUAGGCUUUACCACUGAUCUCUCCUACACAGUAUUUUUUAUUCAUUAUCUUUAUGUAUUAUCUCAGGAUGUAUUAUUCUACUUUAAGAAAACAAAAAAUUAUGAUGUAAAUAAACAUAAAUAAACAUUUAUAUUUUCCCCCAGAUCCUGGUGCACGUGGGCUUCCUGACAGAGGAGUCAGGGGAUGUGUUCAGCCCCAAGGUCCUGAAGGGUGGUCCCCUGGGGGAGAUGGUCCAGUGGGCAGACAUCCUCACAGCCCUCCAUGUCCUGGGACACAACCUCAAGAUCUCCAUGUCUCUUAAAGAACUGCAGGGGUGAGUCAGCAUAUAAACUUUGUUUUGGCUGUUUCUUGAUUUGAUCAUCUUUUGAUUGAUUGGAUUUGUUUGGGUGUUUUAUUGUGUGGUGGAUUGGAAGCGGCUUCAUUGAUCUGACCACAGACAUUUUGUGCCAUUUUGAUGAGUCAACUAUUGGCCAAUACACAGUGUGGCAAUUAGCAGGUGCUUUUAUCCAAAGCGACUAACAGAUCCUCCAAGGUGAUGGUGUUAAAAAGCACUUUGUGAUCAAUAGACAGACGGUGAUCAUUUGUAUUUGAUUGCUGUCCAUUAUAGCACUUUGACCUAUCCCUCAUGUUGAUCCAUAGAAUUACAAUGGGAACACUUACAGUGCCUAUAGAAAGUCUACACCCCCUUCAACUUUCACAUUUUGCUGCCUUAAAAUUGAAUCUAAAAAGGGAUUCAAAUAGAUUUUCAAAGUGAAAGAAAGUUAUAGAAAAUUGCCCAACUAAAACAAAAACAAAAACUGAAAUAUCUUAAUUGGGAUAAGUCUCUACCCCCUGAGUUAAUACUUGAAUCAUUUUCAUUAAGGAUCUACCAUCUUUGCACAACUCUUAGGGCAACAUAUAUACAUAGUUUCUGUCAAAAUUGCUCAGACUCAGCAAAUUUGUUUGGGGAUCAUUGAUGGACAGCGAUAUUUCAACCUUGUCUCAGAUUUUUUUAACGCAGAUUUAAGUCAGGACUGAGACUAGACCAGUCAGGAACACUCAACAGCUCUUGGACAGCCAAUUGGGUGUGUCUUUUGCAUAAACAUUUGUGUAAUUGUCCCACAGAAAAAUACAACCCUAUCCCAGGGUUAGGUUUUCAGAAGACUGAGGUGGGUUCUCCUCAAACGUUUUACCUGGGCUUUGCUCCUUUCAUAUUUCUUUUGAUCCUAACAAACUCCCGAGUCCCUGUCAGAAAAGUUUCUAUAACUUUCUUUCACUUUGAAAAUGUGGAGUAAGUUGUGUAGAUCUGUAGGAACAAAAAUCGAAUUGAAUCCCUUUUAGAUUCAAUUUUAAGGCAGGAAAAUGUGAAAAGAAAGUGAAAGGGGUUGUAGACUUUCUAUAGGCACUGUAUUUUAGAUAAAGGACCAAUUUUCAGGUAGAAAGCUGUAGAAAGCAAGUGAAUUAUCACUUGGCCAUUAAACAGUUAAUAUAUUUUUAACCACAUCAAUAUACCUGCUCUACCUCCCCAGUUAACCCAAUACAUCAGCCGAUCAGAACCACAGACCUGGGCUGUGUCUCAAUCGACAAGGAUGCUGCCUUUUGAGGCAGCAUUUCUAGGCAGGACGUCAAAAUUGGUAUGUCCCAAUCCCAAGGUACCUUAAAAUGCUGCUUUCUAAGGUGCCUUCAUUGGGCGGUUUUGAAGGCAACAUCCCAUGUGUCCUUCGCUGGGGAGGCUAUCUCAUAACCCCUUGCGGCGCAUCGAAAAUUCAAAACAAUUCUGAAUUAAUGGUGGACACAAGUCCCCGCUUGGGAGAAGAUGUCCCAGAAGAAUAAGGAAUAACUUGGCGAAAUGUAAGUAUAACGUUGAUUUAUUCACAAAAUUAUGUUAAAAUGUUCAACAAAUUACUUUCAUAUGAAUUUUGAAUUCAAAUGUUGAGUAACUGUUGUUUAUCAGCCCGUUGCAAAGCUAGCUAGCUAGCUAGCUAACACAUCAUACGUGAUAGCUAGCUAACGUUAGGAGGUGAUCUCGUCCUGCUUAUUGGCUUUUUAGAGAUGCACAACUAAACUAACUAGGCCUAAUCGUAGAUUCAACAAUGUGUCAAUUGUGAAGACCCGGACUGUUUAUAAAUCAAUUAAUUGGUGAACUUUCUAGCCAGCUAAAAACAUGCAGCAAAUUUGUUUUCAGGGACUAAAGUGAGCACCUGAUCGCGUAUUACUCCAUUGCAUAGGCUUGGCAGGAGAAAACAGUCCUGCCUGACUUAAUUGGAGGUCAAUUUUUUUUUUUACAACAUCUGCAUACAGCCAGCUGUGUUCUGUUCAUUCUAGGCUUGCUAGCCAGCCAAGUUAUUUGUGCAUUCUGGUGAUGAGUCUGUUUAGCAAGUUUGCUUGCUAGCUAGCUGCAUGCAGUGUCUGUUUACCUAACAUUAACGUGAGCUAACUUUCUCUUGUCACUUUCCCUUCCCCUAUUGUUGCACAUUGGGUUUGUUGUUACUAGUUAAAAUGAUAGGCUAAGUUAUUCUACUCUUACUGUAAACAACUGAACAAGCCUAAAAAUAUGCAAAACUGUUAACCAAACGAUUGCACAUUAAUAAAGGUAGUUGUGGCUUCAGUGACUUGAACCAGCUGAAAUUUGAGUAGUGAGGUUCAUUUCUCCCCCCUUGUCUCUGCUUGUUCCAGCUUGAAGGACAUCUCACCCUGACACCCUGCAGAUGUAAAUAACUUGUUGGGAACAUCCCAGCCACCAGGAUAAUCACCAUAUCCCAGGAUUUUAUUAAGGAGUGUGCAACAUCACAAUGUUAGAUAGAAAUAGAUUCACCCAUGUUAUUGUUUAUCAGCACAGAUACAGGAAAACCAAUGGCUACAAUGUAAACAAACGUCUCGCGCUCGGUGGAAUGUGAAUGCGUUGUCACAUGAUGCAGCCUUCGACGCCCGUCCCAAAUGGCAGUAACAGUACAUUCUGGAAAAGUGCUACCUACUAAGGUAGGUGCCUUUGGAGGCAGAUAGGCAGCAGGCAGCUGCCUUUGGAUUGGGACACAGCCCUGCAGUCUUCUUAUUGAGUUAUUUAGUGACCCCAUCGAUCGCCAUCAACCUCCUCUCCAGUCUCCUGUCAAUGGUGCAAUGCUGUGUCUCUUUCCGCUCCCCUCGUCCAGUCAGCACCUCUUCAUGUAUCCCCUUUUUGUGCUGAUGGAUACAGUAGUCGCCGUCUCCUUGCGGUCUCCGGGUGGACUAGAUGUAAAUCUGUCUCAUUGGUUAAGACGCUCCAGGGCCGGUGUCCUGUGUUUGGCUACUAAAAGCAGGGCUAAAGACUCUGUAAAUCACAAGAGAUCGUCAAACACCGCCAGCCAGAGUUAG